CUGGUGGCGGUGUCAGACACGACCGGACCGGACCAGACGGCCGCCCGCCGCACCUCCGCGCCGCUCCUUACAACACCACCUUUCUACUUAUUCAACUUACAAUAUUAAUGUCAUGAUCAAAGUAAUUAAAAAAUCUGCUUAUCGUGUUUUUCUUUGAUUUUAAUGAGUGUUAAUUAUUAAUAUACGUUUACGUUUCAAAACGAUUUGAGUGGCCUUCAGAAAUGGCGGGAAGACGACACGAAUACGUGAUUUUAUUGCUUCUUGUUUGCUUAUCGAAUACAAUAGACGGUGUCAAAUUGAAGCAAGUUCUCAUUCUGAGCAGACACAACAUCAGAACCCCGCUCACAGCGAGGCUCGAGAACACGACUCCUUACAAAUGGCCCCAGUGGAAAAAUGAAGUCGGCCAUUUGACAGAAAAAGGUGCCCUACUAGAGAGUUACAUGGCGGAAUAUUUUGCCGAAUGGCUGAAAGAGACGGGUCUGCUCCAACCUGGAUGUCCGGCAGAUGAUGAGGUGUUUGUUUACGCGAACACGAAGCAACGCACGCGAGAGUCGGCGCGCGCCUUCGUUCGCGGCGCGUUCGGAAAUUGCAGCAUCAGCGCGUACAGCAUCCCCUCCGAAGACAUGGACCCCGUGUUCAAUCCCAUCCUGCGCGACACUUCCGAGACCACCAAACAGAAAAUUACCUCCGAAAUGACACAAAAAUUAAAAGAAUUGAGGCUCGACGCCGCUUACAAGCAGUUAAACGAUAUAAUCGAUUUGAAAAGUUCUGAUAUUUGUAGGAGCGAUUACUUCUGUGAUUUCCUUCAAGGUAAAAAUGAGAUCGUGUAUGUCAUCGGAAGGGAACCUAAUAUUGUGGGGCCGUUAGCGACGAGCAACAACGUAAUGGAUUCAUUUAUUAUGAGUUAUUACGAAGGCAUGGCCGAGGAGGAUGUGGCGUGGGGCAAGAUCGUGAAACCCGAGCAGUGGGCGCUGUUGUCCAAGAUAAUAAGAGAAAAUCAAAACGUUCGCUUCAACAGCACCGCGCUCGCCAAAGAUGUGGCGAAGCCUUUAUUACAGUAUAUUAAAUCAGUGUUUGAACAUGACCCACCAAGAAAAGUGACGGUGCUGUUUGGACACGACUCUAACUUGAACUCGGUGAUGUCGGCGCUAGGCUUCAAGUACUACGAGCUGCCUCAUCAGUAUGAAGCCACGCCGCCUGGAGGGAAAAUUGUUUUCCAGAAGUGGCGCGACGGGGACACGAAUCGAGAUUUACUGAAACUAGAUUAUGUUUAUCAAUCGACAGAUCAUAUUCGGAAUGCAUCUCGCUUGUCGCUGGGCAGUCCGCCGCUGUGGGCGCGCCUGGAGCUGACAGACUGUAGCGCGGAUAGCGACGGAUUUUGUCCUUGGAAUCAGUUUCAAAAAGUUUUGGAUUCUUCCAUAUAACAUUUACCUAAAAUUUGAAUUUUAUUUACCUACUUCAAUUCAUAAAUAUGCGCUGAAAAGAAAAUUCCACUAAGCAAAUUGUGAUGUCUUUUAUACUGUAAGCUAAUCUUAAAAUAAGUUGAUCCAUCUUCCUCUACAUUUUUAGAUGAUUUUAAAGAUAUUAAGGUCCUCUACGGCGAAUGCCGAAUUCUUGUAAGGCAGUUUUAGCGGUCACGUGGCGUCUCGCACUGCGGACGAAGGGGCUCAACUCUGCGACUCAAGGAGUGCUUACAACAUCGAACUUGAUAUUGAAACGUUCUUUUUGUUUACGAUAACGUUUCGUUUCACACCAACUUAAUUGAUGAAAAAAUAUUGUGACAGAUCUACUAAGGUACGCGUCCAUUGUCCCGUGCUGAAACACCGCAUCAAGGCAAAGCAAAUAUUAAUCCGUGUGUCCGGUGCUUCCGACGUGGGCUAAUGGACCUUUAUCAUAGGUUUUAUAUUAUUUUGACACAUCGCAAAUCAUAGAACUGUUUGUAUUUAUAAGACAAGCCGUGCCUAUGAAAAUAAUUAUUUUUUUGAAUAAAUAGUUCAUUUAUUGAAUAUUUAAUG